UUGAACAUUUAAGAAAUAGUUUUGGAGAAUUGAAUUGAAAUCCAUCCAGUGUAAUCUGUUGGACUACGUGUUAAUGGUGGUUUUUGCUCUGUUUCUGCCUCUGUAAAGGCUCCAUGCUGAUCCCUCGGACUUUCUCCGGUCACUUCGUCAUGGUUCCUGAAGAGCCUGCAGAAUACAUCGACUUCUCUGUUUUGGACCAGAUCGCUGAUGGAGGUUCCGGCAUGGAGGCGGAGCACGGGCCGUCGAAACGACAGGGCCACMGCAGCCAACGCCGUCUCUACUUUGUCUCGGAGGAGACCAAAGAAUUUCUCCAGGGUGGCCUGGCAACCACCUUCAUCCCAAGCRUUUACACGCUGGUCUUCAUCGUCGGCGUGCCCCUGAACCUUGUUGCCACGGUGCUGUUUGCGCAUCACAUCCGUCCCAAGAAGCCGGCAGUGAUCUACAUGCUGAACUUGGCCUGUGCUGACCUCCUGUUCGGCCUGCUCCUUCCUUUCAGAAUCGCCUACCAUUACCAAGGCAGCGACUGGACCUACGGCUCCUUCCUGUGCAGGGUUGUCACUGCGGCGUUCCACUGCAACAUGUACUGCUCCGCGCUGCUGGUGACGUGCAUCGGCGUGGACCGUUUCCUGGCCGUGGUUUACCCCAUGAAGUCCCUGACGUGGCGCAGCCCUCAGACGGCCUCAGCAGUCUGUGCUGCCAUGUGGCUCCUGUCCCUGGGYGGAGUCGUCCCCCUCCUGACCUCAGAACAGACAGUCCAUUUGUCAAACCUGGGAAUCACCACCUGCCACGAUGUGCAGGAUGUGGAAACUCUGCACUCUUACUACGUCUACUUCUUUCCCGUCUACUCCUCCGUCUUCUUCUUCGUCCCUCUCGUCUUCACCGUCGUCUGUUACGUACGCAUCGUCCGAGCUCUGGCUGCRGCCAACGUGGAGAACCGCUCCAGGAAGACUCGGGCCAUCGUGAUGGCCGUGGUGGUGCUGCUCGUGUUUGUGGUCUGCUUCACUCCCACAAACGUCCUCCUGAUGGUUCACUACGUUCAGGCGACACACACCUCCGGCGACGGCUCCUACCGGGCCUACCUGCUCUCCAUGUGUGUGUGCAGCCUGAGCUGCUGCCUGGAUCCUCUCCUCUAUUACUACGGCUCGUCUCAGUGUCAGAAGCAGGUCGCCGCGCUGUUCCGGUGCACGAGACUGGCGAGAGGAGAGAGCGGCUCAGAGACGCGCAGCACCAGAACCACCGGCUCAACUAUCAGCAGCAGGUCCUGCAAGAUGGAGAGUGUGUGUACCGACGUAGGGGGACAGUACAACAGACUGGACACUUGAGGAGCCGGUCUCGGUUUAAUCUUAAAUUUCCUCGUAAGUCCACAGAAGAUAAAUCAAGCAAAAGUUUCCGAUGUAGCCGAAUGGGGGCCCACUGCUACUCUUGGCGUUAGCAAACYAAAAUCAAAAGCCAUGACAGAAUGUCUAUUUAACAAAAUGCUGUAACAUAGGAGCAAGAACUGUUCUCUGAUGUUGGUUAUAUUCAGAGGUGGGCAGCAAUAAUCUAAAUAUUAGUUGCACUAACCCUAAAGCACUAACUCAAAUAUUUAGGUCCNCUA